UGAGGGGUGGGCGGGCUUUGUUGGUCUCCAGGGCCCUGGAGGAGGGCUUGGAGAGGGGUGCCCUCAGCCUCCCCCCAUGAGCUUGGGGCUGGAAAGGUCAUUGGAGGUGCAGCUGGCAUUGGAGGCCGUUAUCCAGACGCUGGAGAGCAGCAUCCUGGGGCCGGGCCAGGAGAAGGGCCUGAAUGUGCAGGACCCGGCCCAGGACUCUCAGCCCACCUGCCUGCCUGCCCGCAUCAGGGAGAUUGUCACUCGCAACUUCUCCCAGCCUGAGAGCCCAGCCCUGCUGCCCACCACUGAGAUGGCAUCGAUGCUGUCGCUGCAGGAGGAGAACCAGCUGCUGCAGCAGGAGCUGUCCCGCGUGGAGGACCUGCUGGCUCAGAGCCGAGCCGAGCGCGAUGAGCUGGCCAUCAAGUUCAAUGCGGUCAGCGAGAGGCUGGAGCAGGCAGUGCGGCUGGAGUCUGGGGAGCUGGAAACACAGGAGCCCAGGGGGCUGGCCCGGCAGAGCGUGGAGCUGCGGAGGCAGCUGCAGGAGGAGCAGGCCUCCUACCGGCGCAAGCUGCAGGCCUACCAGGAGGGCCAGCAGAGGCAGGCCCAGCUUGUGCAGCGGCUGCAGGCCAAGAUUCUCCAGUAUAAGAAGAAGUGCUCGGAGGUGGAGCAGCAGCUGCUGGAGAGAGCCACGGAGCUGGAGCAGCAGCGGCUCAGGGACACAGAGCACAGCCAAGACCUGGAGAGCGCCCUCAUCCGCCUGGAGGAGGAACAGCAGAGAAGCACCAGCCUGGCCCAGGUGAACGCCAUGCUCCGAGAGCAGCUGGACCAGGCCAACUCGGCCAACCAGGCUCUGAGUGAGGACAUCCGCAAGGUGACCAGUGACUGGACCCGCAGCCGCCAGGAGCUGGAGCAGCGGGAAGCAGCAUGGAGGCGCGAGGGAGAGUCUUUCAACGCCUACUUCAGCCAUGAGCACAGCCGCCUGCUUCUUCUCUGGAGGCAGGUUGUGGGGGUCCGACGGCUGGUCAGCGAGGUGAAGAUGUCCACUGAGAGGGACCUACUGCAGCUGGGAGGGGAGCUGGCCCGGACUUCACGAGCCGUCCAGGAGGCGGGCCUGGGGCUGAGCACAGGCUGGCGACUGGCCGAGAGCCGGACCGAGGCAGCCCUGGAGAAGCAGGCCCUGCUUCAGGCCCAGCUGGAGGAGCAGCUACGGGACAAGGUGCUCCAGGAGAAGGACCUGGCCCAGCUGCAAGUGCAAACCAACCUGGACAAGGCUGACCUCAGUGCCAGAGUGACAGAGCUGGCCCUGACAGUGGAGCGCCUUCAGAACCAGAAUCUGGAGAAGGAUCAGCUCAACAAGGCCCUCACGGAGAAGCUCGAGGCCCUGGAAUCCCUGCGGCUCCAGGAGCAGGCAGCCCUGGAGACAGAGGAUGGAGAGGGGCUGCAGCAGACUCUGAGGGACCUGGCACAGGCCGUCUUAUCGGACAUGGAGAGCGGCGUCCAGUUAAGUGGCUCUGAGCGGACAGCCGACGCGUCGGACGGCAGCCUGCGGGGGCUCUCAGGGGCCCGGACCCCGUCCCCACCGAGGCGCUCCUCGCCUGGCCGCGGCCGCUCCCCACGCCGAGGCCCGUCCCCAGCCUGCUCUGACUCCUCCACGCUAGCCCUGAUCCACUCGGCUCUGCACAAGCGCCAGCUGCAGGUCCAGGACAUGCGUGGGCGCUAUGAGGCCAGCCAGGACCUCCUGGGCACCCUGCGGAAGCAGCUUAGCGACAGCGAGGGUGAGCGCCGUGCCCUAGAGGAACAGCUGCGGCGCCUACGGGACAAGAGCGACGGGGCCACCCAGGCCCAAGAGGAUGCACAGCGCGAGGCCCAGCGCCUGCGCAGUGCCAUUGACCUCCUGAGCAGGGAGAAGGACAGCCUGGCCCACAGCCUGCAGGUGGCCCAGCAGCAGGCUGAGGAGCUACGGCAGGAGCGGGAGAAGCUGCAGGCGACCCAGGAGGAGCUGCGGCGCCAGCGGGACCAGCUGGAGGAAGAGCGGGAGGACACAGCGCAGGACAGUGCGUGGACCCGCAGGGAGCUCGAGCGCAGCCAUAGGCAACUGGAGCAGCUGGAAGUGAAGCGCUCUGGGCUGGCAAAGGAGCUGGUGGAGGUGAGGGAGGCGCUGAGCUGUGCCACACUGCAGCGGGACAUGCUGCAGGCUGAGAAGGCCGAGGUGGCCGAGGCGCUGACCAAGGCUGAGGCUGGCCGCGUGGAGCUCGAGCUCUCAAUGACCAAGCUGAGGGCGGAGGAAGCCUCUCUGCGGGACUCCUUGUCCAAGCUGAGCGCCCUGAACGAGAGUCUUGCCCAGGACAAGCUGGGUCUGAAUCGCCUCGUCGCCCAGCUAGAAGAGGAAAAGGCAGCCCUGCAGGGCCGGCAGCGGCAGGUGGAGCAGGAGGCCAUCUCGGCGCGGGAGGAGCAGGAGCGGCUGGAGCAGCUGCGGCUGGAGCAGGAGGUGGAGCGGCAGGGCCUGGAGGGCUCCCUGCGGGUGGCAGAGCACGCCCGGGAGGCCCUGGAGCACCAGCUCCCCACGCUGCACCAGGAGCGCUGCCGGCUGCAGGAGCAGCUGGCCCAGCUCUCCCGGCAGCUGAGCGGGCGGGAGCAGGAGCUGGAGCAGGCACGGCGGGAGACGCAGCGGCAGGUGGAGGCACUGGAGCGGGCGUCCAGGGAGAAGGAGGCGCUGGCCAAGGAGCGGGCCGGCCUGGUGGUGCAGCUGGCGGCUGCUGAGCGUGAAGGCCGGACCCUGUCGGAGGAGGCCACCCGCCUGCGCUUGGAGAAGGAAGCCCUGGAGAGCAGCCUGUUUGAGGUGCAGCGGCAGCUGGUCCAGCUCGAGGCCCGGCGAGAGCAGCUGGAAGCAGAUGGGCAGGCCCUGCUGCUGGCCAAGGAGACCCUGACUGGGGAGUUGGCAGGCCUGCGGCAGCAGAUGACAACUACAGAGGAGAAAGUGGCUCUGGACAAGGAGCUGAUGGCCCAGAAACUGGUGCAGGCUGAGCGGGAGGCCCAGGCCUCUCUGCGGGAGCAGCGGGCAGCCCACGAGGAGGACUUACAGCGACUUCAGCGAGAGAAGGAGGCAGCAUGGCGGGAGCUGGAGGCCGAGCGGGCUCAGCUGCAGAGUCAGCUGCAGCAGGAGCGGGAGGAGCUGCUGGCCCGGCUGGAGGCCGAGAAGGAGGAGCUGAGUGAGGAGAUCGCAGCCCUGCAGCAGGAGCGUGACGAGGGCCUCCUCCUGGCUGAGAGUGAGAAGCAGCAGGCCCUGUCCCUGAAAGAGUCUGAGAAGACGGCACUGUCAGAGAAGUUGAUGGGGACACGGCACAGCCUGGCUGCCAUCUCCCUGGAGAUGGAGCGACAGAAGCGAGAUGCCCAGAGCCGCCAGGAGCAGGACCGGAGCACCGUGAACACCCUGACCUCUGAGCUGCGGGACCUGCGGGCCCAGCUUGAGGAGGCGGCUGCAGCCCACGCCCAGGAGGUGAAGCGGCUGCAGGAGCAGGCCCGAGACCUGGGCAGGCAGCGGGAGUCCUGCCUGCGCGAGGCAGAAGAGCUGAGGACCCAGCUGCGCCUGCUGGAGGAUGCCCGUGACGGGCUGCGGCGGGAGCUGCUGGAGGCCCAGCGCAAGGUGCGCGAGAGCCAGGACGGCCGCGAGGCCCAGCGCCAGGAGGUGGGCGAGCUGCGGCGCAGCCUGAGCGAGGGGGCCAAGGAGCUGGAGGCCCUGCGGCGGUCUAACGAGGAGCUGCGGGCUGCCGUGAAGAAGGCGGAGAGCGAGCGGAUCAGCCUGAAGCUUGCCAAUGAGGACAAGGAGCAGAAGCUGGCACUCCUGGAGGAGGCGCGGGUGGCCGUGGGCAAGGAGGCCGGGGAGCUGCGGGCCGGGCUGCAGGAGGUGGAGCGCUCACGGCUGGAGGCUCGGAGGGAGCUGCAGGAGCUUCGGCGGCAGAUGAAGAUGCUGGACAGUGAGAACGCCAGGCUGGGCCGGGAGCUGGUGGAGCUACAGGGCCGCUUGGCACUGGGCGAGCGGGCAGAAAAGGAGGGCAGACGGGAGGCCCUGGGCCUCAGACAGAAGCUGCUGAAAGGCGAGGCCAGCCUGGAGGCCAUGCGGCAGGAGCUCCAGGGAGCCCAGCGGAAGCUGCAAGAGCAAGAGGGCGAGUUCCGGACCCGCGAGCGAAGCCUGCUGGGCUCCCUGGAGGAGGUGCGCGGCGCCCAGAAGCAGCAGCUGGACCAUGCCCACAGUCUGGAACUGAAGCUGGAGGCCGCCCGGGCCGAGACCGCGGAGCUGGGGCUGCGACUGAGCGCGGCAGAGGGCCGGGCGCAAGGUCGGAGCGCGCCUGCAGGAGGAAGUGGGGAAGGGCUCAGCAGCUCCAGCCCCUUGGAACGCAGCCCUGGGUCCGAGCCACCAUCCCCAGGACCUGCCACCUCCCCAGCAUCUCCAGACCUGGACCCGGAAGCAGUGCGGGGGGCCCUCCGGGAGUUCCUGCAGGAGCUGCGGAGCGCCCAGAGGGAACGGGAUGAGCUCCGGGCCCAGACGAGCACCCUGAAUCGCCAGCUGGCUGAGAUGGAGGCCGAGAGGGACAGUACAAGCUCACGGGCAAGGCAGCUGCAGAAGGCUGUGGCCGAGAGUGAGGAAGCCCGGCGCAGCGUGGAUGCACGGCUGAGUGGGGCCCAGGCGGAGCUGGCGCUGCAAGAGGAGAGCGUGCGGCGCAGUGAGCGGGAGCACCGGGCAGUGCUGGACCAGGUGGCCGCCCUGGAGAGGAGCCUGCAGGCCACCGAGAGUGAGCUUCGGGCCAGCCAGGAGAAGAUCAGCAAGAUGAAGGCCAAUGAGGGAAAGCUGGAGAGUGACAAGCGGCGUCUGAAGGAGGUGCUGGACGCUUCCGAGAGCCGCACCAUAAAGCUGGAGCUGCAGCGGCGCUCACUUGAGGGGGAACUGCAGCGCAGCCGCCUGGGCCUGAGCGACCGAGAGGCCCAUGCCCAGGCUCUCCAGGAGCGGGUGGACUCCCUGCAGAGACAGGUGGCAGACAGUGAGGUGAAGGCGGGGACUCUGCAGCUGACGGUGGAGCGGCUGAGCGGGGCCCUGGCCAAGGUGGAAGAGAGCGAGGGGACCCUGCGGGACAAAGUGCAGGGCCUGACGGAGGCUCUGGCCCAGAGAAGCGCCAGCCUCACCAGCACCCAGGACAAGAACCUACAACUGCAGAAGGCCCUGACCGCCUGUGAACAUGACCGCCAAGUGCUCCAAGAACGGCUGGAGGCCGCUCGGCAGGCAUUAUCCGAGGCCCGGAAGCAGAGCAGCUCCCUGGGCGAGCAGGUGCAGACGAUGCGGGGCGAGCUUGCGGACCUGGAGCUGCAGCGGGCAGAGGCCGAGGGCCAGCUGCAACAGCUGCAGGAGGUGCUGCGGCAACGGCAAGAGGGUGAGGCUGCGGCCCUGCACACGGUCCAGAAGCUGCAGGAUGAGCGGCGGCUGCUGCAGGAGCGCCUGGGCAGCCUGCAGCACGCCCUGGCUCAGCUGGAGGCUGAGAAGCGGGAGGUGGAGCGGUCAGCCCUGCGGCUGGAGAAGGACCGGGUGGCGCUCAAGAGGACGCUGGACAAGGUGGAACGGGAGAAGCUUCGCAGUCACGAGGACACGGUGCGGCUGAGUGCAGAGAAGGGCCGCCUGGACCGCACACUCACGGGGGCUGAGCUCGAGCUGGCUGAGGCCCAGAGGCAGAUCCAGCUGUUGGAGGCCCAGGUGGUGGCGCUGGAGCAGAACCAUAGCCCAGCCCGGCUGGAGGCGGAUGAGCAGCAGCUGGAGCUGCAGCAGGAAGUGGAGCGUCUACGCAGUGCCCAGGUGCAGACAGAGCGCACCCUGGAGGCGCGGGAGCGGGCCCACCGGCAGAGGGUUCGUGGGCUGGAAGAGCAGGUGUCCACACUGAAGGGACAGUUGCACCAGGAGCUUCGAAGGAGCUCAGCAUCCUUCUCUCCCUCCUCCGGCCCCCCAGAGAAGUGAGCAUCUUCCCAGCUGGUGUCCUGAAGAGCCGCCCCAUGGCCAGGGCAGGACAGGGGCCUCCUCUCUGCACAGUCUACCCAAGGCCUAGGCCCCCAGAGCUCAGCUAGGGGUGAGGAGGAGCAGGGAUGGCAGUGCUGCGGGACGGGGACUCCAGCACCAAGCCAGACCCAGCAGCGGUCUCCCAGCCUCAUCAGAGCCACCCACUCUCUGUGGGCCCCCUCAGUCUAGCCCCUCGCCCCUGGGAUGAGCCAGUGCAGAUUGUAUGUGAUCCUCCCUGAGAGUGACGGAGCCAAACCCAGGGGUUGGAGAGAGACCCCCUUGUCUCUGGCUGGGCCUGGAGCACAGGCUCACAGGAAAGAGGAGGGGUGUCCAGGCCUGGGGCCGGGGCCGGAGACCCAAGCCCUCCUCUGGCUUCCCAGAGGUCUCUCCGCCUUAGUUCAGAGUGUUUGUCAGGGAAUUCUUCAGAGAAUUCAGAGUCCCUGUAUUUUUGUACCUUUUUACAAUGUUAAUUGUUCAGAACUGUUCUGUUUUUUGUAACAAGACGACCCCAUUUUUUAAAAUGGUU